AUGAUUGCGACCUGGGAACCCCGCCCCCACUGGCGGCCUCAGGAUCGACUGAUGCGGGGCACUGAUGAACAUCGUCUGGAGAAAAGGAGACGGGACCUUUACUCUUUCGCGGUGACAAAGGGCAUCAUGUGUGAUGUCGAAGGAGAUCCAGCUGAACAUUUGGACAUUUUAGACGUGACCGUUUUGGCUGGGUUUGAAAAGCUGUUUGAGAAAGAAUUUCACGAUAUGGACGACAACGAACAACUGGAGUUGUUUGACAAAAUUGCUCUGCUGAUUGAGAACAACGACUGCGGUAAGAAGAGGUACCUUCGAAAUUGCAUUGAGUGUAGAUUCCGCAAAGGAUUCUUGUCUUAUCGGUUUGUUCGCGAUCGUGGCAGCCAAACCUUUCCCGUGGUCCCGAGUCGGCGAGUCGGUUUCCAGUCAGACCUGGAUCGCAAUUUCCCAGGAUUUUUGAGUACGCUGAAAAGCGAGCAGCGGCUCGCCAGAAAUCCUAGCGUCGGUAUGUGGCUGUAUUCCAUGUACAUGACUCGAUGCAGCAGAUGCGAGCGCUGGCAAGAGAUCCGGUCUUUUCGCCUGGAAGGACACCGUUGGGGAUGGAGAAAUGGUAUAGCUGAGGAAGCAGAGUUACCGGGAAAGGAGCAUGACAAGAACUUCUGCAACAAGUGCCUUGCUAACACCAGAGGCCGUGGACAACUUGCCAAAACUUUGAAGAAAUGGAUUUUGGCUCUCCUCGACAAGAGACUUAGUCUCUAUGUAUCACAGCUAUUUCACCAUCUCAACACCCAGUACUACACGCCGGUCUACCACCUUCCACUAGCCGAGGCGGAGGAAUGGGGAGUCCUCCUUGAGCAGACGCCGAGGAUUAUCCUAGGUGUAGAUUCGGGCUUGACCCGUGAGGAUCUUGACCUUGUCAACACCCGUCGCAGGCAAUGGAAAGAUCUCUUGGACCGGGCGAAAGAGAGCGAUGCCGAGAAUCCGCAGUAUCGGGUUCUUGAUGGUCUUUACGACAAAUGGGUUCGUCGAUCUGAUGCUAUUGAAGAAAAAUGGAAGAGGUUAAUGGUUUGUAGAGAGGAGAUUGAAGAUAAUCCUGAGCUUUUGGUUGAUUGGGCCCUUGGCAGGGAUGGGGCUGCUUUUACGUAA